AUGUUUAGUUUCAAGUUGAUGUCUGCAAAAAUACCCUAUUUGAAUCGAGGAGAAGAGUAUACAUCUCUCCAGAAUGGAACUUCUUCACCUGGUGACGAGUGCGAAGUCGAAGACAAGAUUCCGUUAUAUUUAAGGACAAUUCCACACAACGCAAAUUCUGGUCGGUUCUGGAGAUUCUCUGUUAUAUUGCUUCUCCUUAUCACAAAUCUGACUACAUUUGCCGCUCUCUUUUCCACACAACACCUUACUAGUCGAAUCGAAGCAGCCGAGCCAAUUCAUACGCCAAAUUCAUGGGGUAUGCGCUCAGAUAUACCAGAAAAUCUGACCAGACUAAUAUGUUCAUUAUUCAAAGCUAACCUCUCUGCAAAUGAUAAGAAUUUCACAGAAACCGAUGCUGCUUGGGACUCAAUGAAUACAGCCCACGGGUUCAUUGCUGUGGACCGCAAAUGGGCCAAGGAACGACACUGGCCUGACAGUAUGCAUUUGCCUUCAGAUGACAGCAAAAACGUUUAUCUUUUGGAGGCAUACCAUCUUCUGCAUUGCGUUCUGACUCCAGUUCAGGCAGUUAUACGCCGUACCUUUUGGGAGGCGAUCAACAGAGCUGAUAAAUAUACGUUCAAUCCGCCACACUCUGCCCACUGUAUCGAUACUCUACGCCAAUAUGUCAUUUGUAAAGCUGAUUCUACACCACUGUAUCUCUAUGGUGACGAUACUGCAGGAGACGAACAGUAUCGCAAAUGCAAGGACUGGGAUGCCCUGAGACAAUUUGCUACGGACCACUCUGCCUGCUACAUGGAUACUCCGCGGGAUGCAGACCCAGACACUUUCCCUUUUGGAGCGCACUUCGGGCAUUGCGAUGACGGAACUGACGGGGUUGUGGAAGGCGAAAGGAGGGGUAACUGGAAGCAUGGAGCCGUAUGGGACGGUCCAGAUGCAUAA